AUAAAUACAUGUAUAUGAAUACAAAAAAUUUGUGCAUAAAAACUUGAAUCUUUUCUUUCUUUUUCUUUCUUUUAUCUAGUUUAAUAUCAUGAAAGCAUGUGUUUGUAUAGAUUAUUUAUCUCAUGAAUGGUCUUCUACAGAUUUGAUUCAAGCAUACCGAGAAUUAAAAGUACAGAGGUCAAAUCUAUUAUUUAAAACUAAUAUAGCAUCAUGCAAUACAUGUAUAAAGACUAAGGAAUUAAGAAAGUUGUCGAAUGAACGUAUUCGACAGAUUCGAUAUGAAAAUACAGUUUGGAGACAAAUGGCAAGAAUAUGUACAAGAAACUUGAGCUAUUCUAAUCCAUUAAUAAAUCCUUCUAGGUUAUAUGGUCCUUUAUUUUUACCUAAUGAUGACUUAUCAUCUGAUUCUCACCAACAUAAUAAAAAAUUAAGAAUAAAUACACAUCCAUCCUUACUAACCUCAUUCACUACAACUGGGAAUAAUGUUAAUAAAAAACAACUCAUUCUUAAAUCGAAACAACCAUUGCUGUUUUUACAACCCGAGAAAUAUAACGUUUCAAAGAGUCAACAAAAACAAACAGUUCGUUUUGAUCCAGAGGCUAAACAAAUUUAUUAUUUGCCAAAUUCACCAGUAAAAGAAACAUUAAAUUACCAUCAUAGCUAUUAUUUUAGUGAUAAAGAAGAAGAAGAAGAAGAAGAGGAAGAAGAUGAUAACUUAUGGGAAUUAUUGGUAUUCAUUGCAUCUUAUUUAAAGAAGAGAUGUAUCAAUUUUUAUUUAAUAAUCAUCUUCUUGUCGUUACAAUACAAUAAGAAACAAAAUACUGACCGUAAUAGUAAUAACAACAAUAAACUGAUAAAGGUUCAUCAACAUCAUCGACAACUUAUAAAUUACUUUCAUCAUAUGAAACUCGUACAGUUUUGUGUCUUGGUUAUAUCAUAUGCAGCCUGGUUGUUGUAUCAAACAAUUUUAUCUAUUCGUACAACUGUGAAUAUUCGUAUAACAUCUGCUGCUGUUUCUCAUACAAAAAAAUUAUUAAAUUAAAAAAAAAAAUACAUAUUUUUCUUUGACAUAUAUUAAUAUAUAUACAUAUAUAUUAUAAAUAUUUGCACAUGUAUACCUUAAAGUAAAUAUAAUAAAGAAUCUAAAAUAACUAUAGAGUUUCAU